CCUCACUGAGCUUCGGAGGAGCAGAAGGUUCUUUGCUGCUGAGAUCACCAGUGCCGUGUGUAUGCGACAGUCGCUAUGGGAAACAACCGUUACAAGUUGGUGGUAACUGUGCUGUUGGUGUUGGGCACCGGGAGGACAACAGCCCUGCAGAACGCCUGUGACGAGUGUGAGGCUGGCACUUUCUGCAGGAACCACAAUCCGGUCUGUACCAGCUGUCCUCCAAGAACCUACUCCAGCACAGGUGGACGGCCAAAGUGUGACAUCUGCAAAGUGUGUCAAGGCUAUUUCAGGUUGAAGAGGCCUUGCACCCCCACCAGCAACGCAGAGUGCGAAUGCACAGAAGGCUUCCACUGCUGGGGGCCAAACUGUGCCAUGUGCGAGAAGGACUGCGAGCCAGGCCAGGAGUUAACAGAGCAGGGUUGUAAAAGUUGCGGCUUCGGCACCUUUAACGAUCAGAGCGCUAGCGGCGUCUGCCGACCCUGGACAAACUGUUCUCUACAUGGACAGUCUGUGCUUAAGAAUGGGACCAGCGAGACAGAUGUGGUCUGUGGACCUGUUUUGGUCAGCAUCUUUCCAGGUACCUCCCCCACAACCGUUCCUACUCCGGAGAGACUAUCAGGAGAGCGCUCCAUGAAUGUCCUCACCUUGUUCCUGUCGUUGACAUCGGCCGUGCUGCUGUUCCUGCUCUUCAUCAUUCUCGGGCUCUCCGUGGCCAGAUGGAUCAGAAAGGAAUCCCUCUACAUAAUCAAGCACCCAUUUAAGAAGGCAGUUCAAAUGGCUCAAGAGGAAGACGCCUGUAGCUGCCGAUUUCCACAGGAAGAAGAAGGAGGAGGGGGCUAUGAGCUAUGAUGCGCUGUCCUAGAAGAUGUGGGGAUCCUCAGGAAAGCGAGGAGAAGCAGCACUAGGAUCCCCAUCCUGAUGAGCAGCACAUGGCACCCCACACUCUGCUCUCAACCACCACCCUAGAUGAGGUGUCCA